AUGAGGCGACAUGUUCAUCGAGGUCAGCCUUACUUUGAGGCAGUUGUGCUUGAGUGUUGUUGUGCCGUCCUUCGGUUUCACGAUCGUCCAUCAACUCGCUUUUCUUCGACCCGACUCUUUUACGGAGAGCUUACGAUUCGCGUGUUGAGUCACAAAAUCCAGUUGGAUUCGGAAGAUGUUGUUCUGAGAUGGAAAAGAGAGGAGAAAUCAAACCGUACGCCACCACAUCGUUUGGACGACACGAAUAACCCGAGAGAUGUUGCCGAUGCAAACCAAUUGCCGACGUCUUGA